ACCGUAACGUGCUUUGUGGCUUUUACAACAUUGAAAAUUGUGGAAGUUCGUCUUUUUUAUCGUUUUUGUUUGAGUUUGCUACACCUCAGUUGCCCCUGUUAAGACUCCUUUCAAGGGAAUGCAUGAUUUUCCCGAAAAACGCAUCGUAAAGCAUUCAUUCACGAGAUCGAAACUGGCUAACAGACUGAGCUGACAAUUGUUUCAAGAUGACUGACACAACCAGUGAGAAUAUACUGAAAACGCCUCCUCAGUGGAAAAGGCCAGAUGAAGUCAUGCGGAUGCACCGACUUAAAAUAAAGAAACAGUCUCUCCAAUGUCGUAUGAAAGGUUGUGAAGCUCCUAAAGCUCCUGAAACAAAGAAGAUUGAGGAAUCCAAGCCGAGUGAACCUCAGAAAGCAUUCCGGAAUCCAUUCAAGAAACCCUUAGCAGGUCCAGCAAAUUGUAGCGGUGUGAAGCGUCUUCGAGAGGAAGAUGAUGAAGAAGAUACUUCUUUGGAUAGUUCAUUGUUUCGGUUGAUGGGGAUCAAAAAACAGACACAGCCUCCACAAUUAGAUCUCAACUUUAGUAAUUUAAUGAAAAAAAUCAACUCUGCGGAUCAAGAGUUCUUGAAUGUUGGAAGUAGAAAAAAAAGAAAAUUUAUUCCUGUCGAUUGGACAUUAAGGACAAGAAUUCGACUAAUGUCAUCAAAACCAUUUCCAUGGAACCACAAGCUGAAAACUUGUGAGGAGGCAUCAGGUACAACAGGGUUUGUGCGGUGUGUGGACACUCAAUCAAAAUCAGCAGACUCAAAUUGUACCUUAGACACAAGUCCUAAUGCAAGGUUUCAUCAGUGUUGCCUAGCUUGGCAGUACCCUUCAUUGCCAUGGCUAGAAUUAUAUCCACGUUCUGCAGCUCGACGAUCAGCAGCUUCAACAACGAUAAACUUCAACAGUCAUCCAAAUGCCAAAAAUGCAUUGUUCCAAGAGUGGACUGAGAGUUUCCGCUCCGUUUUCCAGCUUGUCAGAGCACAACAAUGCCCGUACUUUUACUUACUCGCCAAUUCUUUUACUGUCUUAUUUCGAGCUGCUGGAAUUUGUGGUUAUUCCGAAAUUCAUGCCUUCAUCUCACCAACCACCCGUGGGCUGAGACAGUUACUUAAAAAUGAAGAUGUCGAGUUUUCAAUGCCGCUGAAAGGUUCUGGGAAUAAGACAACCUCUAAAAGGAGGAGUGGUGAAGUAGAUUCAGACAAUGUCCUUGAAUCGACGCAAGGAUUGCCAUCAAAUGAUAACGAUGAGGACCUGGAGAUAGAAGAUGAUGGCACUGAAGAAAUUCUUGAAAAACUUGGCGCAGAAGCUUCUGAUAUUAAGAAGCUCAUACAAUCAGAGGAUGAAACCAUGAUUCAGAAUGAGGCAAAUAUUGAUGGAACUCCCGAAUCAUUGGUUUGUGUUCAAGGUGUUGAGGCACAAGCUCUAUUUAAUUUACUUCUCAACUUCCGCUCUACCGUAGCAACUGUUGGCCCGUUGGCAGGAGUUCCUCCGACACUCAUUGCGCCUGUUGCGUUCCAUUCUGCCUUUUUACGCCCUCUGAAAGUUCAUGAAAGCAAACUUCGAACCAAAGAUGGAGCGAAUUAUUACAGUAUGGAAAUUUGCGGUCCAAUCCUACCUCAAAUGAUACACAAUAUCUGUGAUUUACUGCAUGUACCUUUGUCAGAAUUUUCUCUGACAUUCGCCAACGUCGAAUCAACCAAACCAUUCUCUUUAGCUCAUUCUGCAGUGCAAGAAGAGACAAGCGACUCCUAUGAAUCACCGAACAAAUCAUGUCACAGUGAGUCCAACCACAGUGGAAUUUCCGUAGGUACGAGACAUAACAUACCCAGUGUGUUCGGUCAACAAAACCUCAGUGAUAGUGGUCUGAGAGCCUCUGUUUUAAAACGUUUUUGUAGCUCCAAGCUGGACGAUGUUCAGACCUUUGAUAGUCUAAAAUUCUCAAACGGAGUCUUUGAAUGUUCGUAGAGAUUUGUGUUCAGAAUUUUCAACUCUAAGAUUUUUGGAGAAAUGUUUGUUUAGAAAAGCGAAAAUCUAAAAAUUUUUGAUCAAUGAAACUCUCUUCUGCUUCUCUAAAUAUCAUCUUGAUCAGGUAUAAACAUCCUCUCAGAUUUAUUGAAAGUUGUCUACCUUUGAAAGAUUUCUCAAGUUCUUCAGGAAUUUUCAGUUGUCUUAUGA